UAUGGCUUCUUCAUCCUCUAACAUUAUCAUCAUCUACUUGGUUUCUUUCUUUGUCUCUGAGUUUUAGCUUUUUGUUGACCUUUUUCUUCUUGGUUUCUUUCUCUGCAUCUCAAGACUUAGUUGCAAUAAAAACAACUUAUAGAUUAAGCAAAAGCAGAACUUGAGAAGAUGUCUUCAUCGUACAACAACACAAUUUCAUCAUCCUCCACUCAGUCUUUCCUCCUCCCCAGCGCCGCCACCGGAUCAAACAACUUUAACCGUGAAGAGACGGCGAUGACGAUGAUCCAACAACCCAACUCCGUUGCUCCACCACCACCACCCAAAAAACGAAGAAACCAACCUGGAAACUCAUAUCCAGAUGCUGAAGUGAUAGCGUUAUCUCCAAAGACGAUCAUGGCAACAAAUAGGUUCCUAUGUGAAGUGUGCAACAAAGGAUUUCAAAGAGAACAGAAUCUACAGCUUCACCGGAGAGGACACAACCUUCCAUGGAAGCUGAAACAAAAGUCGAACAAAGAAGUGAGGAGGAAGGUGUAUAUUUGUCCGGAGCCCACGUGCGUCCACCAUGACCCGUCACGUGCUCUUGGAGACCUCACCGGAAUAAAGAAGCAUUAUUACCGGAAACACGGUGAGAAGAAGUGGAAUUGCGAGAAAUGCUCUAAGCGUUACGCUGUUCAAUCUGAUUGGAAAGCUCAUUCUAAAAUUUGUGGUACCAAAGAGUAUCGAUGUGACUGUGGUACCAUCUUCUCUAGAAGAGACAGUUACAUUACACACAGGGCAUUCUGUGAUGCAUUAAUACAAGAGUCAGCAAGAAACCCUACCGUGAGCUUCACCGCAAUGGCAGCCGCUAGUGGAGGUGGUGGCAGACAUGGCUUUUACGGCGGUGCUUCUUCCGCUCUCUCGCACAACCAUUUCGGUAACAACUCAAACACUGGUUUUACCCCUCUAGCGGCAGGUUACAAUCUGAACCGUUCAUCUUCCGAAAAGUUUGAAGACUUCAUUCCUCAGCCCACAAACCCUUAUCAUGGCCCAAACAAUUUCCUCAUGCAAUGCUCUUCAAACCAAGGAUUGUUGGCACACAAUGAUCAAAGUCUCUUGAACCAGCACGGUAUGAUCAGCCUUGGUGAUACCAUCAACAAUAACAACAACAACUUGUUUAACCUCGGAAACUUUCAGCACAAUAUCAAGAACUCUGAUCAGAUAAGUGUUCCUUCACUUUUCGCUGAUGGUGCUGAAAACAACCAUCCUUCUGCUUUGCUAAGAGGGUUAACUUCUUCAUCUUCGUCAAGUGCGGUAGUUAACGAAUUUGGAGAUAAUGAGAAUGGAAACCUUCAUGGUUUAAUGAACUCUCUAGCUACGACAACAGAUCAACAAGGUCGAUCUGGUAGCAGCAUUUUCGACCUUCAUUUCGGUAACAAUCUUAGCAUGGGAGGCUCUGAUAGGUUGACUUUGGAUUUUCUAGGCGUUAAUGGAAGAGUUAUGAGUAAUGUAAAUGGUCGUGGUGGUCGUAACCCAGUUCCUUUAGACACUGAGAUGAAGUUUUCACAACCAAAUCAUCCAUUUGAAAGAGCUUGAGAUGAUCAUAUGCAAAGAUAAGUUGUUGGGUUCCAUGGAGACUUUAUUUAUAAGUUUUUUUCGUGUUUGUCGUUGUCAACUAUUGAAGUGGGAUCAAGUAUCCUCUCUUUAGUACUUCAGUUUCGUCAAGUUGGUUUUCCUUGUUUUUAUGAUGUUGUCAGUGUGGAAUCUCGAACCGGGGCUCCUAUGGAUUCUUCAACCAUCUGAGUUAAUUCCGCUAAUUAAUUAUAUAUAAUAUUUCAGUUUUCCCUUCUUUUGAAA